CACGCCGACGCGCGCGCGCGACGCGCACGGCGACGCGCGACGCGCGACUCGAAUUCGUCGCGCUCGCGAUGCCGUUCGCGUCCGUGCAGGCGUGCGCGCGCGCGCUGAGCGUCGCGGUGCGAUGUAAGACGGCGUCGCUCGUGCCGAGACGCUCGCGCGCCGCGGUGACGGCGCCGGCGACGACGGGCGCGCGGCGGGGCGUGAUGACGGAGGCGGUGAUCGCGGACGACGUCGGCGAGGCGCGGGUGACGGCGGCGGCGGCGGGGAAGCGACGGGUGGUGGUGCUGGGGAGCGGAUGGGGGGCGAUUUCGUUCGUGAAGAGCCUCGACGCGAGCGGGCCGUACGACGUCACGCUGGUGUCGCCGAGGAAUUAUUUUUUGUACACGCCGUUGUUGCCGGGAGCGGCGACGGGGGCGGUGGAGGAUCGGUCGAUCGUGGAGCCGAUUCGACGCCCCAUCUCGAGCAAGGGGUACAGGUACUUUGAGGCGAACGCGCUGAGCGUGGACGUGGCGAAGCGAACCGUGCGGUGCCGAGGGAGCGAUCAUACGUUUCAAGAUGAGGAGGAUCUGGCUAAGAGCCAGGCGUGGAAGGAGUUUGACUUGGAGUACGAUUACUUGGUCACGGCGGUGGGGGCGGUGCCGAACACGUUUGGCGUGCCGGGGGUGCAGGAAAAUUGCAUGUUUUUCAAAGAGAUCAACGACGCGGCGCGGUUUCGACGCGAGGUUAACGAAAGAUUUGAAUGUGCCACGCUUCCGGGGGUGCCGAAAGAGCGCAUCCAGCAGUUGUUGCGUUUCGUUGUCAUCGGCGCCGGGCCCACCGGCGUCGAGCUCGCCGCGGAGCUGUACGACUACGUGUACCAAGAUGUGGCGAAGACAUUCCCUCGUCGGUUGCUCGAAGACGUGAGCAUCGAAAUCAUCGAUUUACAAGAAAAGAUUUUGUCGGCGUACGACAGGCGGAUCGCAGAGUACGCGACGGAUUUCUUUCAACGGGCCAACAUCAAGUGCCUGCUCGGCGCCGCCGUUAAGGAGGUCAAGGACGGCGCCGUCGUCAUCUCUGAUCGUGAUGGUUCGAACGUGCGCGAAGUUCCGUUCGGGCUCGCAGUUUGGUGCACGGGUAUCAAGCUCAACCCGUUCUGCGAAAAGCUGAUCGAGUCUUUACCCCAACAAGAAAACAAGCGUUCGUUACUCACCGAUAAGAAUCUUCGAGUCAAGGGAAGCGACGGGACGAUUUUUGCCUUGGGCGAUUGCGCCACGAUCGAACGUCCGCGCUCGCUCGCCAAAGCGGAAGAACUCUAUCGAGAAGCGGCGCGAUGCACCCCAGAAGGUGACUGCGAAAUCGAUCUCAGCAAGGACGGCGUGAAGAAGGCGUUGAAGUACGGCUUCGACGAGUUUCCGCACUUGGAAGAAAUUUACAACCGCGUGGAUGAUGUUUUCACUACGUUCACGGGUGGUAGUGAUCGUAUGUCUUUCCCCGAGUUCCGUGUCAUGCUCGAAGACGUUGACAAAGGCCUUCGCGCUUUGCCGGCGACGGCGCAGGUAGCUAAGCAAGAGGGCCAGUACCUUGCUCAGUAUUUCAACACUUGCGCGGGGGAUGAGGAUAAAAUCAAACAAGGUGACGCGCGAUUCGAUUACGUGCACAAAGGUUCGCUCGCGUACAUCGGCAAGGACGCGGCUGUCGCUGAUAUUCCCGGUUUCGCCAUCGUAAAGGGCUUUGCUGCCGGUUUGAUUUGGAAAUCGUUUGAGACAGUUUCCCAGGUUUCCCCGCGCAACGUUCUUCUCGUCGCCGCCGACAUGAUCAGAACCAAGAUCUUUGGUCGCGACAUUUCGCGCAUCAACUAAACAGUCAAGCUUCGCAUCAAUAGCAUUUAAGCGAAGUGAUUUAAGCCGCUCACUACAGCAUCAUACUGUACUCGUGUUGAAAUGAAAUCUCAUCGUACUUCA